AGGAAGACGCGAAGUCGGCAGGGUGCGCUCGGGGUGGGGGCCAUGGCAGCGACCUUCAAGCCGGUAACACACGUGCUUUUCGACUUGGACGGCGUGAUUUUGGACACGGAGAAGUUGUACACGAAGGCGGUGCAGACCGUGGCCGCCCGGUAUGGCAAGCAGUACACGUGGGAGCUCAAGCAGCGGGCCAUGGGCAUCCCGGGAAAGGAUGCGGCGCGCCUGGUCAUCGACGGCCUCGGCCUGCCGCUGGCCACCGAGGAGUACCUCGAGGAGAUGGAUCGCCUCUACGCCGAAAUGUUCCCCAGCGCCGAACUCAUGCCCGGUGUGGAGCGACUGGUGCGCCACCUGCGCAAGCACGGCGUGCCCAUGGCGAUCGCCACCAGCUCGAAGCCGACCUCGUUCGAGCUGAAGACGACGAAGCACCGCGAACUGGUCUCCCUCUUCCACCACGUCGUCAUGUCGGGCAGCAACCCUGAAGUGAAGCACGGAAAGCCGCACCCGGACGUCUUCCUGGUCGCCGCCUCGAAGUUCGACGAGAAGCCGCCCCCCGAGAAGGUUCUGGUGUUCGAAGACGCGCCGAAGGGCGUCACCGCCGCCCUCGCCGCCGGUAUGCAGGUCAUCAUGAUACCCGACGCUCGCAUGGACGAAGAGAACCGGCGUCGCGCAACGCUAUGCAUCGCCUCGCUCCUCGACUUCAAGCCCGAGCAGUUCGGACUGCCGCCCUUCGAGGACGGCACCGAGGACGGCCUCGAGGACGGACCCAAGAAGAAGAAGGAGUGAGGCGGAAAGACGGGAGGCGAGUGGCUCGGCCCACUGCGUUAACCGUCUCGACUACAAGCCGGCGUUGCCGCACGCCUUUCCGUCACUGCCGCGGCGCGCAGAUGACCGUGUCGCGCUUAGCGCGCCCUUCCUCAUCUCCAACGAACGGAGAGUUCACCGGCGUUCGGCAAGCCCCCAGGUGGUAAUUUUCGCGUCUCGUGGUGUCUCGCGAGAUUUCCUCGUUGCGCAGAACCAGCCUAGGGCUCCUAGUAGGGCAGCGCGGACGCAUGAGCUGAAGCCUCUUAGUGUGUAAAAGUACUUGUGUACAUUUAUGUUUCAUGUAUAGCGACACCGGCCGUGCUUGGCAAAAUGCUCGCCCGAACAGUAACUUACGAGAAUCCUCAACUGUUGACGUCGUAAACCGCUUAUAUUUUGUACGGGUGGCGUAGAUUGUGUAUGUGUACGCACGCGCCUCGCUUCAAGUCUUACUCGGUUCCACGAGAACAUUCCGAAAUCAACCAUGCCUACCUUCCUUGUCACGCAUCUGUUUACGUCUGUUGUGUGCGAUAUUCGCGUUUGUUCUUAGUGCUAGGGGAGAUACGAAGGGCUGAUUUUAAUUACAAGCGAAUGUUCACUUACUCUGGUAUUCACGUCGUGACCUGUUUGCCUUCCUUCCUGCUAAGAACCUCUCCACUCUUCCAAGUGCCUCUAAGCAUAAGUGUACGCUUUUGACGCCCAUUGCGAAGCUGACGAUGUCUGUCAGCAGACGAAUGCAACGUAUACAAUCCGUGUAAGCCUGCUGACGUUGACUGCGGAAACGUCAGCUGUUGUUUGCGCAAUAUUCUUCUUGCAUCAGUUGAUUAGACCUACCAAUAAUGGUUCAUGCUCAGGACCCUGCCAAUUUUGAGCAGCAUGUGUUGAUGUGGCCCGUCAUACAUGUUAUACUCUUUGCAAGCCUGUGACGGAGGCCGUGCCUGCAGGGCAACACGUUGGCCAACACUGUUCGCGAGCGACUUAUCGGGAUUCGCGCUACGCAAGAGUAACGACAUGACACACAUUUUGACAACACGCCCGCUAACAACUCAUUGCACCUUUGGCGCACUCUCUAAAAACAAGGUAGUGCGAGCAACUCUGAGAGAGUGUCUGUAUAUUGUUCUUCUUUCUCGAGUUAGAUAGCAGGUUAUGCUUACUGUUGGGGCAGUUUGCGAAGCGUCUUGUAUGAAGCCUCAUCGCGUCAUAUGUACCUUUGAGAUGCGUGACCAGGCAAAAUUUUACUUGCAUGCUUUGGUUUUUGUCAUAUUGUAUGACGCUUUAUUUGUGCUUAGUACCGAAAAAAAAUACACGACAUAAUAGGAAUAAGUGCACAAAUGUGUCCAUAAAAACAUCGUAGAACAUGUGUAAUUCACCGACUGCAUGCUAGAUGGCGCCAAAAAACCGCAUCGCAGAUAACAGAACCUCGGCAAGGGGAUUGUUUGGUACACCUUUGGGCAUUUCUUCUUGUUAUAUUUGUUUGUAAACGUGCUGCUAAAAUGGUUUGAACUGAUAUUCAUGGGCGGUUGCGUUAGCGACAUAGUGUGCAAGAGACCCGGGUGUCGCAAGUCUUUUCACUCGAAUCUUUAUGCGAAUUGACCUUAGUGUAUUUUUUAGAGCGUCUGACAGUACCGUAAUUGUAAAACUAUUUGCGGACAGCCUUGGCCAAACUAUUGCCCGCUUGGCAGCGCCUAUAGAAUACUACCACGGUAACCGCGACUGUACGGGUAAUUGUCAUUUGUUGGGCGUGUUGGUAAACUGACUUGGAAAGCAUAUUUAGCAGCAGCGAACAAGGACACAAGAGAGACGACACCACAAUGCUCUAACCUUCCUGUCCUUGCUCGCUGGCUCUAAAUAUGCUUUCCAAAUGUACGGGUAAGCUUCUAUUUAUUUUAUUGUUAUGUUUUGUGUUCUGCCCAUCCAGUAGAAACCGCACACCGAGAAUUGCCUUGUAAGGAUGCUUACAUAGCACUAACACGGCGUUGUGGAGAAGCGACUAUGGUGCGGCAUAAACUUUUCUUGUUCACGCUUACAGCUGCGCAGCUGUUGAAAUAUUGCUGAGCUGAAGAGUGGCACAUGCAGGCGAGAUAGCGUAUUAAAGUUCUUCUAACUUUAAAAAUAACUGUUUGCAAAAUGCUGCGCGUCUUAUGGCGUAUUUUCGGGCAUAACUGUGUAGAGCAGAUAAAAAUCGAUAAAGGAAUUAAUAGGAAAGACUUUUUUUGCACAAUGUAUUACGCAUGGUUGAGCAAACAUAUAUACAUAGAUCUACGGUGGGGUAUUGUAAAAAUAAAAUACUGCAGCCGGGCCUGCACGUUGAGCAUACAGGGGUCGGUGCCACAGCUCGUGUCUGUAGGACGACCUGCCUGUGAUUGUGGCUGUGAAUUGAUCUCUCUUACCUUUACUUGUUGCCACUAAAUCUGCAUGUAUACUUGUAUGAAAGGACCAAAGCUUUAUCCGUGUGGUUUGUCUGUGAAAUGCUUUGUGUUUUAUGCCAGCUUCUUGUGGAGCUAGACCUGGUUACAUCAAAGGUAACCGCUAUCGACGACACGAAGCCGUGCUCCCUUGUUCUUUUGUCCCUCUCUGGCAAAUGCGAUAUUCAGUACAACAGGAUGUUUUCCGAUGGACAUUCUAUAAGCAGCAUAGACCAUAGCGCAUCUGUGUACAAAGCAUACGUGUGAUCCUGAAAGAAACAAGCAAGAAACAAACAAACACAGACUCAGUCAAAUAGAUCCAUGAUCAAAUAGAUUUUAGGCUAAUGUAUUUCGUUAAACGGUUUUAGAUUGCCAGUUUACAUCCCCAAGUUUCUCGCUGUUUUAGGGUCACCUCUUAGUCAUUUGUAGAGAUAGAUUAAUUUUGGUGGCAUCAUUUUUUUUUCAUACGAGAAUAAUUAACGUGUCGUUUGACUGCGCAGUACAAGUAAGGAGGUGAAAUGCUGUCACCCUGCGAUGGAGGCACAAGAAUCGCUCGAAAAGAAUAGCAGCGAUCAGCGAUGUCACGCAAGAAGUUAUACGGACUACGCAUGUUUUUUUUAAAGAAAACGUGCGCAUGGGCUAACUCGCUCCUCCAUCCUGCAUGACAAGUAAGCGGCGAACUGUUCUUAGAAUUCUGUCUAACCGCACGAGCCAUACUGGGCUAACUUUGUUAAAAUGUCGAUGUACAUAAUUGUUUCUUCGUCCAAAGUGUGGCCUGAAGUAUACCAAAAAAUGAAAAACAUCACUAACCAAAGAUAUAGACACUUGUAGGAUGCUAUUGACUAAAAGAUGCACAGAAUUGCGUGGGAACGUUGAAAGAACCAAUGCCAGAAUCGUUACUACACUUAUCACAAGUUGACAGUGCUACAAAACAAAUAUUUCACGAUAAUUCAAGGCUAACAGGGUACUGCCGUUUGAAGCGAGAUAAUGGUGUUAUGCGAGAAAAUACGCCGAUGACGACUGUACAUGCGUAAAUAAAGUCCAGAAUUAAAGCUGAAAUUAUCGGGCUUAUUGCGUUUGCAUGUUUUCAGUAUCCACGCAAGUCUAAAUCAGAACGCAAUAACUCCACGCGAUGCCUCGUAGUUUAGAGAUUAUACAGAAAAGGGGAGGGGGAGGUAAUGAAUCUGCUGCGGAAAAUACUGAGAGACGGCUGGAACAUUACAAUACAUUACAGAUUUAUUUCUGUUCAUGCUACAGAGUUUGAAAUCACAAAGAGCGGAGCCUGCGCAAAAACCUGCUUUCCGCAGCUUGAGGACCAGCCAGCGCCCGUCUGUCACGCGUCAUUCGGACAGACGCACUGUACGCACAAAAUGCAGAAUAGCAACACCGACGAUUUGCAUGAAGACAGUGAUUGAGGUGCGGUGAAUCCGGUUUGCUAUAGACACUUCUCGCCACUUCUACGUUUGCGUGGACACUUCCCCGCAAACGUGCUGACUUCAGUAGGCCAAGUGUACAAGCAUACACAUAUAUAACAGAAGGACGAUUAUAACAAUAAGUAGCCAAACAGGUGACAAUAUAAUUGCUAAACAUUUUCACAUCGAUAGUUGACAUCGAUGACCCGGAAACGUGAAUAUAUUUGAGGCAAUAAAGUUAUACGAACUUUAAUUGUUUGUUACCAGAAACUACGCGUCCUAAGAGCCGACAAACGCGAAAGCAAAAAUAAAUAGCGUGGCAGGAUCGGCGGCCGCCCAAUUUCAAAGGGGAUGACUUAUUGCCCGUCGAUUCAGCGACUGUACAAAAUGCGUGCUGCAAGGUAAUCGCGCAACUGAAGGGCCAGUUGUGGGUGGCAGUUGUAACUAUCCUGGCAAUAAGACUUUUUGUUACUAGAAGAAAGUCGCAUGCCUUCCUACGCAUUUCUCUUAAACCAGCGUUAUGCUCUACUGUAGGUACUUUUUUUUCAAUUACUACCAAAUUACUUUUUGUGGUACUUCUGGAUCAAGUACAUGUGCCUCGUUGAUGGGAAAGUUCGUCGUCCACGUGUAAAUUUCUUUCAGCCAUGAAUCUUGUUUGUUGAAACGUUGCCAGGAAAUUUCGUCGUGGAGUGCGAGCGAUCUAUCGAUCGAGGUUGUUGGAGAGCGAAAGGUUGUACGGCUGUGUUGCAGAACCAAACUAAACAGUCUUGCGUUCAACGUUUCCGAGAUUUGGCAUUCCGUUCGGGCGUUUCCUAUCGGCCUCGAAAGAUGUUCAAACGAGUGAUAACCGCAGCAGAUAUUUGAUAUCGGCCGAACGCGCUAUUGUCAUUUGUAACUUGCAAGCAAGACUGUAUAGUUUCGUCCGAGCGCACUCCGAGCAUACAGCUGUGCGCACUUGCAUUGACGUGUGCACAAUGGCGUCUCGGUUAUGUGCACGUGGCAACUGCCGAGCUAGCUUUGGUGCGGUUGUAACUCUGGUACAAAUGAUCUAGCAAGGAAGCGAUUGCAAAGGGUUUGUUGGAUAUUGUCUGUUGAUGGUGAUGUUCGUUGAUUGUUGAAUAAAGAAUAAGUACGGGUAA